AUGUAUUUUUGUCUAUUCCUUCUAUUUCCCACUCUGAUUGUAGGAGGUGUUCUACCAUCAACUACAGUAGAGACUCUAGAAGCUUCUUCUGAAGUUCCACCUAAUGUGGAAUCUAUAACAGUACCGACAAGAACCCAGGAUACUCAGAAUGCAAAGUUGGAGGAGAGAUUGCCAUUUUUGAAAAGCGCCGAUGAGCUGAGCCGUCAAGAGUUCUUCUCGAUAAUUCAAAAUGAAAAAUUGAGCAAAUCCGACAUUUGGGAACGUGUGGAGCAGUGGGCUGAGAAGCAGUCGGAGCUUGUUAGGACCGACAUCCUGGAAUUUCAUCAACGACUCUCUCAACACGUGGAUAAUUCCAAAAUGAGAGUUGAGAGAAUCAUCAAGAAUCUUCCAGACGCAUUGAAAAGAUUGUCUGAAAUUGUGCAGGAUAUUGAUAUCACUAGAUUACAGGAAAAAAACCGAAUCGCCAAUCUGUACACCUCACUAGAUGACGACGUCUCAAAAACGCUUCAAUGGAUCGUCCAUUUGGUUUCUUACGAGAAAAACGAAGGAAAACAAUUGGAGAGAAGAAACAAGUUGAGGAAACUGAAGAAGGGUGGAAUAUGGACUGGAAGUGUUCAGGCUACUAAUAUUAUUUGA